CAAGAUGACAGCGUGCAUGCAGCCUGAUGCAGCGCCUCAGUUUUCUGAAUCUAACGUUAACACUGUGUUGUGAGAUAAAUGAAAACCACAACAACUCUGCAAAAGUGUGUUUGGAUACAUAACCGAAGUAACGAGGAUAUCGUGGGAAAGUUAUUUCAUAGAUAACUGGUCAAAGGAAUGGGGCACAGGGGAAGACGAGCAAGGAAGAAGAAGAAGAAGACAAAACGUUUGACCCUGUGUCAUGAACCUCGGUUUGUGGAACUGCGGAGGUGGUUGAAAGAGAGAGGAUUCAGAUCUAAACUUCUUAUCCCAGCACACUUCGGCGAUACUGGAAGGGGAUUGAUGGCCACUUCUCCCAUUAAGGCCAACGGAAUGCUGAUUUCCUUACCUGAACAAUGCCUGUUGACCACCAGCACUGUUCUUGGGAGCUACUUGGGAGAGUAUAUAAAGAGGUGGAAGCCUCCAGUGUCUCCUCUGCUCGCUCUCUGUGCCUUCCUGAUUGCUGAAAGGCAUGCUGGGAGUUUGUCCAAGUGGAAGCCCUACAUUGAUGUUCUACCUCAAACCUACACCUGCCCUGCGUACUUCUCUGAUGACAUCAUCAACCUGUUGCCGCCAGGGCUGAGGGUGAAAGCUCGGGAUCAGAGGGAGAGAGUUUGGGAGCUACAUUCUUCCUCUGCCGCCUUCUUUGCUUCUCUGCAGCCGCUCCUCCGAGAGCCAGCAGUGACUCUAUUUUCCCAUGAUGCAUUGUGCUGGGCGUGGUGCAGUGUGAACACAAGGACUGUGUACAUGAGGCACCCCCAGAGCCCCCACCUCUCCACAGAGCCAGAUGUUUAUGCGCUGGCACCUUACCUGGAUCUGCUCAACCACUGUCCCCAAGUACAGGUUACAGCAGGGUUCAGCCAGGCAAACAGGUGCUAUGAGAUCAAGAGUGUCCAGGGAUGCAGCAAGUUCCAUCAGGCCUUCAUCUGCUAUGGACCACACGACAACCAACGUCUGCUUUUAGAUUAUGGCUUUGUUGCCCCCGGCAACCCUCAUGCUGUGGUUUAUGUUGACCUUGAUAUUCUGAAGCUGUGUCUCAAUGACAGGGACAAACAAUUGCCACAGAAGCUUCUCUUCCUGAAGGAACACGACUUUCUCAUGAACUUGACCUUUGGAUUCGAUGGUCCUUCCUGGAGGCUGAUGACCGCCCUCAGGCUGCUCUCCUUGAAGCCAGAGCAAUAUGCAUGCUGGAAAUCUGUCCUCUUGGGGGCAGUAGUGUGCAAGGACAGAGAGGAGUGGACUGUCCAAACAGCUCUCAUGCUCUGCAAGAUCCUUUUGGAGGAAAGCAGCAAGGCUUUAGAGAGGCUAUCCCACCUCAAAGAAGGGGCAGACACCACUCUGACUGAGCAGUUGUCCAUGGUGGAAUUCCUUCGCCGCGAGGAGCAGGCGAUUCUGGGGCAGUCACAGGAACUUCUGGGUCUCCAACGGCAACCGUUGCCAAGCCAACCGGGCUUUGCCUAAAAAAACAAGCGGGCUAAGGAAACCGGCUACUAACUCUGUGCGUGUUGUUGCAAAUCUUGGGCCCUGUCCCUCUGCCAACGCAUCACAAGAGCCAGUUUGAGUAAAAGAGGGCAUGAAUAUGGCUCUCUUGGCACAACGGGACUUUUGCAAUUCAACAGAGUGCCCAGGGGAUCCAGAGUGUGCGGGCAGGCCAAGGCACUUUCUCUCAGGCAGUGAAAGGCUACACUGUGCUGCCAAAGACCUGCUCUUUCCUCACCACCAGUUGAGCAUAUGCUUGGUAAGAUGAGGAGGAAGACAUGUGGGAAUAUGGGCUAUGCAUUGAAUAGUGGAAGAAGAAAAAAGACAAGCUUAUAUAGUCACAAAAGCCAGUUUGCCCUGUAUAUAGGUGUCUGUUGAUGAAACCAGUGGGGAUAAUCUGUUGUGCCAGUUUGUGCUAACUUUUGUGUGGAGGUUUACACAAGCCAUAUCAAGGUGAGAACAGGAGGUUGACCCUCCCGGGUAGGGGAAAUGUGGUAUGGCUGUCUGUAUUUUAUGGGCUUUGGUCAUAUACAGAGACCACUGCACAUUUUUCUGAUGUCAUCCUACAGUUGCUGAGUGAUAUUUGAAUGAGUUGACGGUCAUAUUCAAAAUUAAGAGACAACUGCAAAUUUGAUUAUGACUGUCAAUUCAUUAAAAUGUCACUCAGCAACCGUAGAACAGAAAAAAUUUCAGAAAAAUGUGCAGUGGUCUCUUAAUAUCUUUCAGAGCUAUAUGAGUCUACAUCACUUUUAGAUUCAGGGAAGGUCUUCACAUUCUGAAAACAAUUUUAAUUUCAUCAAAGUGUUAUAAUAUUACAAUGUUUCAUAACAUAAAUGUAGCAAAACAUUUUAACAGUACAUUAACUGACAGCAUCUGUCAAAUAAAUGGAAACAUUAUCCGGAAAAAAAAAUGACUGGCCAAUAAAGACAUGAUCUGUAUGCAGGGGAAAAGUUGUUUCUGGAAUGCUGGGAAGUGUAGUUCUUUAUAGCUGGACCACUACUCUCUUCCUCACCUGCUUCUUCUGAACCAUCUCCAUAGACACAGUUGCUUCAUACAAAGGCACAGGCUCCUCCACUAAAGGUCUAAAAGACAAAAGGUGGAUAUAAUCUUAUUCAUUAAACAAAUGAAAUGCUA